CCACAGGCUUGUAUCGGCUCCCUUGCACUUCGCCAGUCGCUCCUUUGCUAUUUGCUGAGUCUUCCGGGUCGUCUUCACCAUAAUCUUUCAUUUAAAGCACACUCCUUUCACAUAAACAACAUGUUUGCGGCCCUCGCGUUGACCAUUUUGGCCUCAUCUGCUGCUCUAUUCGCACAUGCCGAUCCAGAUCCCACCAAUCCUGGACCUGGAGAUGUCUUCAUCGAGGGCCAGGCCUGUUCCAUGAGCUGGAACCCGGAUACCACUGGCAUGUGGAAGACUAUGAUCAUUCAGUUGAAGACCGGAGACAACUUCGACAUGGUCAACUUGACCACGGUCGCCACUGUUGACGGAACGGACGCGACGAAAAAUUCAUUCUCUUAUCCUUGUCCUCAGGUCACACCCCACUCGCCUAUCUACUUCUACCAGUUCUCUACUCCAACUUCCCCCAAUGGCAGUGUCUGGACUGGGCGAUUCACGAUUACUGACGCCGUAACCGACAUCGUCCCCGCAACUGAAAGCACUCAACCCGACGGGUCUGCCAUUCCUUGGGGUACCGGUUCGCUCGUCAAUUCGACUUCAACCACCACCGUUGGUACCACGAGCCCCGUGUCAGCUACAGCCAGCGCAAUUGGAACACCGAGUGCCACUUCUUCCUACUAUUUAGAACUCUAGCGUUAGUGCUAAAACUGCCAGUGCAUCUCCAACUCCGACGCCGUCCUCUGGUUCGCAAGCAACUGGCGGUGGACUCCGCUU